AUGAUUCGAAGAAAACUACCAAAACACAAGUAUGGGAAUAAACCACAAUUAAUUACAGCAACCAAUCCAAAGACCGCCGCUGAAUUCCUUAGUCUCUGGAGAGAGAGAGAGAGUAAGAGGUUUUCUUCUGGAACGAAACGAGGACAAAAUGGAAUUUCGCCAGAAUUUAUGAGUGAAAAUCGUUUUGGUGUCGGCCUUUUCCGGUCAAAAAUGUGUUCAAUUUCAUUUACGGGCUGCUUUUGUCGGUCGGGCUCUUUUUCGGACAAAAGCGACCGUCGGGCGGAUGUUCAAACUUCGCUCCCGUGGAUCAGUGGGUAG